GCACUUCCGGGUGUUGUCUGGCCGCCGCCGCCGCCGCCGAGCGUCUCGGGUCUCCCGGCCGCCUCCUCUGGUCCCAGAGCCACGAGCGACGUCACCGCCAUGGCUGGCAUCAAAGCUUUGAUUAGUUUGUCCUUUGGAGGAGCGAUUGGGCUGAUGUUUCUGAUGCUUGGAUGUGCCCUUCCAAAAUACAACCAAUACUGGCCCCUGUUUGUUCUCUUUUUUUACAUCCUUUCACCUAUUCCAUACUGCAUAGCAAGAAGAUUAGUGGACGAUACAGAUGCUAUGAGUAAUGCAUGUAAGGAACUGGCCAUAUUUCUUACAACGGGCAUUGUUGUGUCAGCUUUUGGACUCCCGAUUGUAUUUGCCAGAGCACAUCUGAUUGAGUGGGGAGCUUGUGCACUUGUUCUCACAGGAAACACAGUCAUCUUUGCGACUAUACUAGGCUUUUUCUUGGUCUUUGGAAAUAAUGAUGACUUCAGCUGGCAGCAGUGGUGAAAAGAAUUUCUGAACCAUUGUCAAGUGGACUUCUUGUCAUUUGUUGGUCAUCCAUGCACACAGGAGAUGGGGCAGUAAUGCUGAAUGGUAUAGCAAGCUCUUGGGGGUAUUCUAGGUGCUCCCUUCUCACUUUUAUUGUAAGCAUACUAUUUUCACAGAGACUUGCUGAAGGAUUAAAAGGAUUUUCUCUUUUGGAAAAGCUUGAUUGAUUUCACACUUAAUAUUGUAUGCUGUUUGUGGUGUCCUGCUGAACUCAAGUAUUUGUGUUUUCCCUUUCAGUAUUUUUUUUUUUAACCAAUAUGCAAUGUUAAACAUUUUUUUAAAUGUAAUAACCAUUUGCAUUGGUUAAGAAUUCAGAAUUCUGGCUGUAUUACUGGGCUGAAUUACAUCUUUUCUCUUAAAAUAAUUUAUAAACACCAUUAUUUCAAAAAGUUCUAAAAAUAAGUUUUCAAUCAGUCAGGAUUACAUCACUCCCAAUUUUAUGCAAACAUGCAGACCUUAUAGAUUAUAUACUCAGAGCAAAUAUAGCUGCAUUUAUACCUCAGAGGGGCCAAGUAUUAAUGCCCGUGCCCUCCAUAAAGGGUUGCUGGUUUUGCCAGUAAGCAGGUGUUUUGUGUAUUGAAAAUUAUUUUAUGUGAUUGUUAUAAAGAAGUGCUUUUCUUCUCAAUUGUUAGAAUUUAUUAUUAAACCUAAGGGUAUAAAAACUGAUUUUGAAAUACAGUUUUUAUUUAUGUUUAUUAUAAUUAGAGUGAGUUGCAUUGUAGAAAGAAACUAUUGAAAUUCCAUUUUUUGAAUCCUGUAUCUAUUUAUAAGUGAAGUGAAACUUGAUCUUCUAUCAGUCUUUCAUGUUUGCCAUGGAUAAAAUGGGCAUACAUGGAACUACUACUGAUAAUGGACAGUUGUAUGUUCGUAUCACAUAAUGCCAGAAAGUCCUUUCCCUGCUUCCUUCUUUUAACUUAUUUUAUAUGUUACAUAUGUUAAGUAAAAUAACUUCUCAAAUAUAGUUUAAUACACUU